UGUAGUAACAAUAUUAGUACUAAUUUGACAAAUUGAUUUUAACAACUUAAAAAUAAUUUUCCGGAAAUGACAGUGGAAAAGGUUGAAAUAACUGAAAUGGAGAAUAAGGCUGGAGGAAACAAACGAUUUCCAUGGACAUUGUGGUUCUGUGUAAUUACAGCGGACCUACUUAAUGUUACCACCGGCCUCUCAAUGGUCUGGCCAUCAGCAGUACUCGAAAAAUUACAUUCCACUGACCCAGAAGUAAACCCAUUACCAGAACCACUUAAACCUAUAGAACUUUCAAUAAUGAUGGCAUCCUCAGGAGUUGCUUCUUUAAUAAGUUUCUUCGUGAUGGCAAAAAUUUCAGACCGUGUAGGAAGAAGACUAAGCAUGAGAUAUCUGGGAGUUGUAUACGCCGGAACAUUUGUUGCAAUGGGAUAUGGAAGACAUGUUUAUGUUUAUGUUAUAGCGUUUUUCAUAAAUGGACUUGCAGCAGCUGGAAUAUUUAUAAACGUAUCUAUUUAUACUGGUGAAAUUUCUGAUGAUCGAAAUAGAGCUUUGAUAGGUUGCUUAUUUGGUCUUAUGACUCCUGUUGGAAACUUUUUUGGUUAUUCGUUUGCUGCAAUUGUAAAUAGUGUAAAGGUAUUUAGUCUUAUUUGCACAAUACCCGCAAUAUUACAUGUGGUAUUAACGUUUUUUAUUGUUGAAUCGCCGACAUUUCUAGUAGGAAAGAACAAAAAAGACGAAGCUAUAUUAGUUAUAAAAAAGCUUAGACAUUAUGCUAAUAUUAGCGAUGCUGAGAAGGAAUAUGAGAACAUUGUAAACUUUAAUUCUAGUUGUAACACAGAACAAAAAACCAUUUCGGAUCUUGUUCGUAAUCCUAUUUCGCGUAAAGCGUUAUUGUUGGGAUUUACUCUGUUAAGCGCACAACAAUUUACUGGUACUAACACAAUUAUAUCUUAUGUAGUCCCAAUCUUUAAUGAAGCAGGAGCUUCCUUAUCAGGCACAGUAAUAAGUAUUUUGCUUGGUUUGGCUCAAAUGAUAGUUACAAUUGUAGCCACAUCAACUGUACACAAAUUUGGUCGAAGACCAUUACUCGUAUUAUCUUCUUGUAUGUGCACAGUUUUGCUCUUUUGUUUAACAUUUUACUUCUACAUAAAAGACACCAAUUUAUCAUUCGUGAGCAGUAUUCGUUGGCUACCAAUUGUCUGCGUAAUAUUGUUCUUUGUUGGUUAUGGCAUAGGAUUAGCUCCGAUACCAGUAGUUUUAGUAGGAGAAUUAUUCCGGAAUGAAAUAAGAGCUGUUGCUUUAGCGGUGGUUGUCAUUGCGCAAUGUACAUUAACUAUUAUCAUAAGUUUCGGUUUUCCCAUAGUCUCAGAGUCCUUAGGAAUUUCUAUUUGCUUUUUAGCAUUUAGCAUUGGGACUCUAGUUUGUUUGAUUUUGAUAUAUCGAUACGUACCCGAAACUAGAGGUAAAAGUUUUCAAGAGAUUCAAGAUAUUCUUAGUGGACUCAUUAAGUCGUGAAUGUAAGAAGUAAAAUGGUUGGAUUUUGUAAAUUUAAAUACCUGUAAAAUACGAUUUUACUAUUAUGUACAUAGAUUUAAAAAUUUUGUAAAUCACCCAAGAGAAAAUAAUAUUUACACGUAAAGUACUAUAGUGCGUUUAACAGACCAAACAACAUUUUUUGUUUUAUUGAAUGCGGCUGGUCUUAUUUACUCCGAAAUAUUAAUCUGACUUCAAUGCAAGCGAGUCUAAGCAUAAAAAAUCAAUUUGUCCAUUUUAGUUUGAUAUGGUAUGAGAUUUAUUAUUAAAAUACCUUAAUAUUUUUAUUUGAUCUCAAAAUAGCUAUUAUACAAAACAGAAUUAAACGAAGCGCAAGA